CAAAAUCAGAGUUUGUGACAUAUGCGAAUUAAUGAGAGUUGAUGAUCUUUUCGAUAGAAUUCUUUCAAGCUGUCUAACAAUUAGUUAUAAGCGCUUCAAUACAAAUACCAUUAAACAAAAAUCAACAAACUCAAUUAAGUUAAUGAGAACACAAUUAUAUUUAACAAGAUGUGUAUGUUUUAUACAAAUUACAAUUAUUUUUAUCGAUUAAUGCGGCUUUGUUUUAAAUCUGAGUUCUAAACAAACAAAAACAACCCAACCCCUAUGAAACAAAAACGAUUUCAGUUUGCGUUAAAAGUAAGAAAAACAGCAUAUACAAUUCAUUUUUGUUCAAUAAAAAUAUAUUUAACUAAAUAUUCGACUUGCUUUUUCGAUUCCGGGCUGAAAUGAUAUCAAUGCUAAGGAAAUCCCUGGUAACCAUGGGUCUCCAAAUGCACUCCAAUCUUCUGGCCAGGUUCAAAUCCAACCAGGAGGCCAAGACCGCUCUUAUUAUUCUGGCUCCAGGUGCCGAAGAAAUGGAGUUUACCAUAUCCGCCGAUGUCCUGCGUCGAGGAAAUAUCAAUGUCACCGUGGCGGGUUUAGAUGGUUGUGAGCCGGUCAAGUGCUCCCGAUCUGUGGUAAUUGUGCCAGAUACUUCGCUUGAAGAGGCCUUGACCAAAGAGAACUAUGAUGUGGUAGUCCUGCCUGGAGGACUGGCCGGUAAUAAGGCCUUGAUGAACUCGACUGCAGUUGGAGAUUUGCUCCGUUGCCAGGACUCAAAAGCAGGAUUGAUUGCUGCCAUCUGUGCUGCUCCCACUGCGCUGGCAAAACACGGAAUUGGAAAAGGAAAGUCCAUCACUUCGCAUCCAGAUUUGAAGUCCCAACUGAAGGACAAUUAUUGCUAUAUAGACGAUGAGGCUGUGGUUCAGGAUGGAAACCUUAUUACUAGCCGUGGUCCUGGCACUUCUUUUGAUUUUGCUCUGAAAAUAAUCGAACAGCUGGUUGGAGUUGAAACGGCUAUUAAAGUGGCAAAACCAAUGCUUUGGCCUUAUAAAUGUUAAUGAAAAUUAGUAAAUAAAACCGUAUAGAUCGGCGAAAA